AUAAAUAACUCAUAGUCGCACCUCUUCUUCCCUGAACACCCUCUUCGUCUUUGACCUCGCAUAAUCGCACGUCUCCUUCAACCCUCUCCGCCUCGGCACCUUCGCCUUGGCCCCCUCCGCCAGUAGCCUCUCCGCCUCUAUAUCAACCUCUUCCUCAAUCUCUUGAUAUAGAGGCUCUCUCUCCAAAUUCCCUUUAUCUUGUGUGAUUCAUCCGCGACACCUUCCCCGUCCUUCUCCUCUCCUUCAUCCUUCUUACCUUUGCGUCUUCAUCUUCUUCUCCGGCGAAGGCACAAGUGACAGCGAGCGUUUUGCACACCAGAAGCAGUUUCUUUUCCCUUUCGUCAAGGUAGUAUCUGCUUCUAGUGUCUGCUUCAUAUUUUUAAAGAUGCUUCCUCUUUCCCUCCUAAAGACUGCUCAAGGACACCCAAUGUUGGUGGAAUUAAAAAAUGGUGAAACUUACAACGGCCAUUUGGUUAAUUGUGACACAUGGAUGAACAUUCAUCUUCGGGAAGUCAUCUGUACUUCUAAAGACGGUGAUCGGUUUUGGCGAAUGCCUGAAUGUUACAUCCGUGGUAAUACAAUCAAGUAUUUGCGAGUUCCAGAUGAGGUUAUUGACAAAGUUCAGGAAGAAACCAAAAGCCGUGCAGAUAGGAAACCUCUGGGUGUAGGGCGUGGAAGAGGAAGAGGGCGCGAGGAUGGUCCUGGUGUCAGACCAGCUAAAGGAAUGGGGCGAGGCUUUGAUGAUGGUGCAAAAGCUGCUUCUGGCGGCCGUGGAAAGGGUGGCCCUGGUGGGAAACCUGGUGCCAACAGAGUUGGAGGCAGGGGACGAGGUUGAUCAGAUUGAUAUCGGUAACAGAUGAAAUGGACUAACUGCAUAUGCAAGCUCUGCCCAGUUUUCACGUCGGCAGCCGUGUGUUUUCUGUUUUAUGCAUUUUCUUUUGGUCUGGAUUCCUGAGUGAAUAUUUGUGCGGUUUUAGUGCCAGACCUCUGCGAAAGUUGUGAACUAGACAAACGGGUUCAUUUUAAUUAAUGGUGUAAUUGAUUUGCAAAAUUGUUUCAUAGUUUUGGGGAUUGGAAUGUAGAUAGAGUUUCAAGUUUCCAGAUGUUUUCUAUUGGCUUGGAGAGGCUGUCAUAAAUUUAGCUACACAAUUAUCUGGAAGUUAAACUACGAUCAAAAUCUCGAGUACUGUGUUGAUUUAUCGGUACUUUGAGUAUAUAGAGGUUCAUUCUGAUUAUCUUAA